AUGUGCAGCUCCUCAAGCUUUUUCAGUAACGCCGGUGAGUCAGCGCCCGCAACGUCUCCGAACAAACCUUUGAUUAUCCUGGUAAGUUUUGUCGUUUCUGUAACGUCCUUGUUGCCGACAGGUUCCUUGAUUGCAUCUGCUAGCCCCGCUGCUGGCGCCUCCGUAUUGAUGAUACUCUUGGUGUCGGCAGUUGUUGUAAAUGCCAGUGCCGCCGUCUCCGCAAAUACCGUAUCUAGGUCGGUGAGGGUGGACUUGUGUUGCUUCACGCCUUCGAGUUCUCCUAUUUUGCUGCCGCAGUUUCUGUCGCCGGCUAACUCGCUAGUCGAUGUUCUACACGAACCAGCACCGAAUCUGAUGGCACCGUGUGGUGGUUGCCCUUGUAAAAAUUUGAUGCCGUGGACCGUUUUAAAGGUGCAGUCGGCCCCCGUUUGUGUGUUUGCCGUUGCAAAUUUUCCCUGUGUAUUGGUGAGCUCAGGCGAGCUCCUGCAGCCGCCUAUAUGUCCAGCUACGGCGGCUGCACCUCCCGCAAUUAAGAUGUAG